AUGAUGACGCUCACUCUAUUUGCAACAAUUUUGCUAUUUUUAGUCGACGCUCCACUACUUAUACUUUUUCAGCCCUCUGAUAGUGGGUGCCAGCUUUGUAUUCAUGGCAACGCUGGUGAGAUUCGGUUUGGCGGUUGUAACAACAAUAACGAGGUUUGCAGCAUUGGAUUGGGUUAUCCGGUCACUUUAAGAGCUUCCAUGGGCGACUACACAGAAGACCAUCAGUCUCCAUUAGUCCAAUGCUCGCAUUCAUCUGAUGAAGAAUCACAGGAACUCACACACAGAACAGGGACGAUAUGGACGGCGAUUGCUCAUAUAAUAACCGGAGUUAUGGGGGCAGGGGUGUUAUCACUGGCGUGGAGCUUAGCUCAACUCGGAUGGUUGUUUGGUCCUCCUGCAAUCAUUAUCUUUGCUGCAGUCACCGGAGUUUCAAACUCCAUUCUCUCCGAUUGCUACAGAUCUCCACACCCUGAGUAUGGCGCUCAUAGGCAUGUUUCAUUUCUUCAAGCUGUCCGUUUCUUUUUGGGGGAGAAGAAGCAGAGGAUAUGUGCAGUGCUUCUCAACGAGAGUUUAUUCGGGAAUGAUAUUGCUUACACCAUUGCAACUGCUACCAGCAUCAGGGCAAUAUUAAAAUCAAAUUGUUACCACAAACAAGGGCAUGAUGCAGAUUGUAGAUAUGAAGACAACAUUUAUAUGCUGCUGUUUGGACUUGUGCAGAUUGUCAUGUCUCAGAUACCAAAUUUCCAUGACAUGGCAUGGUUAUCUGUUGUUGCUGCUAUCAUGUCAUUUGCUUACUCUACCAUUGGCGUGGGGCUUGGUUUUGCAAAAGUUAUUGAAAAUGGAGAGAUUAUGGGAAGCAUUGGAGGAGUUCCAGCAACUUCUGCAAUUGAUAAAGUAUGGCUGGUUUUUCAGGGUCUUGGAGACAUAGCUUUUGCUUAUCCAUACUCCAUAAUUCUCCUUGAAAUUCAGGAUACAUUGAAAUCCCCACCAUCAGAAACCAAAACCAUGAAGAAAGCAUCAAUGUCUGCAAUAAUGAUCACCACCUUCUUCUAUAUGUGUUGUGGGAGCUUUGGGUAUGCUGCCUUUGGGAGUAACACACCUGGCAAUAUCUUGAGUGGAUUUGGAUUUUAUGAGCCCUAUUGGCUUCUUGAUUUGGCCAAUGCAUGUGUUGUUCUUCAUCUUGUUGGGGGAUAUCAGAUAUUCAGCCAGCCGAUAUAUGCACUUGUGGAAACAUGGUUUUCUAAGAGUUACCCAGACAGUGAAUUCGUGAAUGGGUUUUACAGAGUGAAGCUGCCAUUAUCAGAAGCAACAUUUCAUGUUAAUCUCUUGAGGCUAUGUUUCAGAACUUUUUAUGUUGUGACCACAACUGGAAUCGCAAUGUUGUUUCCAUAUUUUAAUCAAGUGCUGGGAGUGUUAGGGGCCUUAAACUUUUGGUCCCUGACUAUAUAUUUCCCUGUGGAGAUGUACUUUGUGCAAAGAAGGAUUGUACCUUGGACAACAAAAUGGGUUGCUCUUCGGACCUUCAGCUUGGUUUGCUUUCUUGUAUCAGUUUUGGCCUUCAUUGGAUCACUUCAAGGGCUCAUAUCUGCCAGAUUGAGAUGAACACAUGUAUACUUUCUCGGCUAUAGAAUUCUUGGUUUCCUGUACAUUCAUAGUCCUUUUUAUGCAAUAAAGUUUGGCUAGAAAUCAACAUUAAUAUCCCUUUACUAGUUAGUUGCUAAAGAACAGAUUCUGUAAAUUUUAAAUAGAAAUAGUAACAAAAAAGGUGGUAUUUUGAAGUCUCUGAAUGGCUUCUUCCACAUUCGUGAUAAAUGUUGGUGAAAAUAGACAAAGGUUUUUUUUGUAAGUUGUUGAAGAACCAAAGGGGUAAUUAUGAUUUUUGAAUGAAAUUCUGAUGAAAAGCAUGUAGGGUCUCUCACUGUUUAUGUUUCGAAACAAUUAUGACAAUAAAAAUCAAAAUGC